AUGCUUGUAUCUACCAAGAGCUUCCUGCUCACUGCAGCUCUGGCACCUAUUGUCGUGUUGGGUGAGACUGUCCUAGGCAUCACCGUCUUCUCGCGCCACGGUGAUCGCACCUCAAAGCACUACAAGGGCUACACCUUGACAAACCUGGGUUUCCAGCAAAACUACCAGGUUGGCGCCUAUUACAGGUCUACGUACCUCGAUUCAGGCGCCAGCAAACAGAUUCUAGGCAUCUCAGAGGACCAGUAUGUCCCCAACGAGAUCUGGACCAGCGCUCCUGACCAAAUGGUCCUGCUCAAUACGGCCACUGCUUUCCUCCAGGGUCUCUACCCUCCCAUUGGUAACAACCAAAACGUGGGUGUCCAGGAGCUUAACAAUGGCACCGGCUACACGGCCCCUCUCAACGGGUACCAGUAUGUUGUCCUUCAUGGCGAGGAUGAGAACUCCCCCGAUACCAUCUGGAUCAAGGGCGAUGAGAGCUGUCCUGCUGCCACCAAGGACCAGAAGUCGUAUUCGCAGAGCACUCAGUUCAAAGAUACGUUUGCUGCCACCAGACAGUUCUAUGGUGACCUCUACCCUCUCAUGAAGGACGUCUAUGACUAUAAGCCUGAGAACAUGACCUAUCAAAAUGCCUAUGAUAUCUUUGACCUCAUCAACGUCGCCUCCAUCCAUAACAAAUCCUUCUCCGUUGAGCCUGAGAAGCUCGACCAGCUGCGUCUCCUCGCUGACCGCUCUGAAUUUGGUCAGAAUUAUAACGCCUCGGCCCCUGACAACAGGUCCAUUGGUGGCAAGACCCUUGCCAGUGCCAUCCUCAACCAGCUUAACCAGACUGUCACUGGGAAGGGAAAACUCAAGUUCUCUCUCCUCGCGGGCAGUUAUGACACUUUUCUCUCCUUCUUUGGUCUUUCUGGUCUCACUAAAGCCAACAUUGACUUCUACGGUCUUCCUCUCUAUGCCAGCACCAUGGCCUUUGAGAUUUUCACCGAGAACAAUGUUACCUCUUUCCCAUCAUCCACCGAUGAUCUCCAAGUCCGUUUCCUCUUCCGCAAUGGCUCCGAUGAUGGUACCUCGCUUUCUCAGUUCCCCCUCUUCGGCCAGGCUCGAGAGGGCAUGAGCUGGACCAUCUUCGUGAAGGAAAUGCAGAAGCGUUCCAUCACCACUGUCUCAUCAUGGUGCACGAUGUGCGGUAGUACUGAGGAAUUCUGUGUUGCCGCUCUAAGGGGCGACUCUGCAUCCCCUACCUCACCUGACAGCUCCAGUGGCUCUGGUAUCUCUAACGCCGUUGCUGGUAUUAUUGGUGCUUUGGUGACUCUUGGUGUUAUUGCCAUCUGCAGUCUAACUAUCUUCCUUAUUAGACAUAAGAAGGCUCAUAAGGCUGCUACUACUGAAGAGGCUGGUUAUACUAGUUCGAUCAGUAACAAAAAUAGCCUAUAA